AUGUGUAAAUUAGAAUCUUUGUUUAUCCUACUUCUUUUAUUUGGUAAAGCAUCUCUUUUGAAUAAUGGAGUGGCGCGUAAGCCCCCCAUGGGGUGGAUGUCUUGGGGGUACUACCUGUGUAGUGUUGACUGCGAAAAAUAUCCACGAAAAUGUCUAAAUGAAAAACUACUACUCUCUGUAGCAGAUAUGUUCUACAACAGAGGUUAUCAGGAGGCUGGCUAUGAAUACAUUGUCAUAGAUGACUGUUGGUCUGAGAAGCGAAGGAGUGUCAAUGGAAGAUUAGUCCCCGAUAGAAAAAGAUUCCCUAAAGGAAUGGAGGCUAUUGCAGAGUAUAUUCAUGCAAGAGGUCUUAAAUUCGGUAUUUAUACGAACAUAGCAGAUAUAACAUGCAUGCAUUACCCUGGUAGUAAGGGCCAUUUCAUUGAGGACGCAAAGAUGUUUGCGGAGUGGGGUGUGGACUAUAUUAAGGUAGACGGAUGUUUUGUUGGAGAAGCCUAUUUGAAUACAGCUUACAUAGGAUUUGGUCAGCAUUUGAAUAAUACAGGCCGCCCAAUGGUAUAUUCUUGUAGUUGGCCUUAUUAUAUAGAAUUUAUACAUAAGAAAACACCAGAUUACGCAACAAUAUCUCGCCACUGCAACAUGUGGCGGAAUUAUCACGAUGUGGUGACGUCAUGGGAUUCAAUUAAAGACAUUAUAAGGCAUUACCAGUCUUCCUACAAUCAAUUAAGUCCUUACCAUGGACCAGGGCAUUGGAAUGAUAUGGACAUGUUAAUAUUCGGUACAGACUCCCUAACAGAGAGUCAAAGUCGCGUCCAUAUAGCAGUAUACGCAAUGAUGUCUUCGCCACUUCUACUGAGCUGUGAUAUGGAGAAAAUAACUGAGUACGAAAGGGAAUUAUUAUUGAAUUUAGAAUUGUUGGCAAUUGCUCAAGACCCCUUGGGCAUUAUGGCGAAGCCCUUUGAGUUAGAUAAUUCAAUAACACUUUGGGUGAAGCCCCAUUUACCGCGAAAGGGUAAUCGGUAUCAUUCCGUCUCUUUCGCACUUGUCAAUUUGGAGGAUAGAUCAUCUUCUGCCUCUUUCAUACCGGGGUUGUAUGGACUUAAUUCGACUGAAGAAUAUACAGUUAUGGAUGUAUUCACAAAGAUAUUUAUAAGAAAUGUGACGUUAAAUGACCCAAUCUCCGUUACCGUGCCAUCAGAAGAUGUCAUCCUAUAUACGCUAUUUCCUUUAUAA